AGGGAGGGGAUAUAUGUAUAGUUAUAGCUGAUUCAUGCUGUUGUAUAGCAGAAACCAGCACAACACUGUAAAACAACUAUCCUUCAAUUAAAAAUAAAAAAAUAAUAGUCAUUCUUUUGGUAUACACUUCUAGUUUUGACAAAUACAUAUAGUUGUCUAGUCACAUCACAAUCAUUAUAAAGAACAGUUCCGCCUGCACCCACACUUUUGUAAACAUUGCUUUCCUCUCUGUCCACCCUUUGAUAAAAACUGAUCUGUUAUCUUUUCUUAUACUCUUGCUUUAGAAGAAUGUCGAUGGAGUCUGACUUUUUUCACUAAGCAUCGUGCAUUUGAAAUUCAUCCAUAUUGUACUGUGUUAUCAAUAGUGUAGUGUUAAGAAGGAGAGAUAUUAUUUACAAGGACUCCUGCAAUAGGAAAAAUGCUCUAACAAAGGUUCUCAUUUUAUAAAUAGGUCAAGAAGUGGGUUGGACACUUGUGGGGGAAGAGAGCAUGAACUGUAAAGAAUAGGUGAUAUCCUGAAGUUAGCACUUCCCACUUAGUGCCAGGGACACGAACUCAUGGUCACACAUGAGCUAUGAUGCAUCUCACUUCUCUUUUUAGAGCUUGUUUACAUUUUCAGGCAAGCCAGAGUUUGGGGAUUUGGGUGGGAGAGUGAGCCUCACUAAAAUUUAACAAGCCAAAGAAAAAUAAGAAAUGAGCAAUUGUGAAUAUAAAGUCAAGUUUUUCUUUUCUCCUAGUACCAAGUGGUAUUUAUUUAUCUUUCUAUCAGCUGAAGGAUAUUUGAAUUGUUGCCAGUUUUGGUGAUGAUGAAUAAAAAGGUAAAGCGAAAGCCAGUCAGUUGUGUCUGACUCUUUGUGACCCCAUGGACUGUACAGUCCAUUGAAUUCUGCAGGCCAGAAGACUGGAGUGGGUAGCCUUUCCGUUCUCCAGGGGAUCUUUCCAAGCCAGGGGUCGAAUCCAGGUCUCCCGCAUUUACAGGUGGAUUCUUUACCAGCUGAACCACGAGGGAAGCCCGAUAAUGAAUAAAGUUAAUAUAAAUAUUCAAGUCUAGGUUUUUGUGUAAAUGGAAGUUUUCAUUCCUCUUGCAUAGACACCAAGGGAUUCUUACAUUGCUAGGGCAUAUGGUAAGGAUAUGUUCACCACACCUAACUGCCAAGCUGUUUUCCAAAGUGGCUAUACAGUUAUAUUUCCAACAGUUGAUGAGAAUUCCAUUUGCAUCUUUUCUUCCCUAUCACUUAGUUUUGUUAUUUUGUUUUACUUGCCACUCUGAUGCACAUAUUGUGGCAGCUCACUGUAUUUUACUGUUUCCCUAAUGACUAGUUAUGUUGGUUUCUUGAUUGGUGGCAGCCAACAGGGAAGUCACAGGAGCUGCCUAGGGCUGCUAGAGUCAGCAGUCAGUGGGGUGAAAGGAGGCCUUAGUUCCCAGAAGCCUGCUGGGAACCUGGUGUCACAGGAGUCACUUGGGUCACUGGAGCUGGCAGGCACCUGGGAGAGGGGGGCCUUGGUUGGCAAAGAUCUCCCAAAGAAAUGCCUAGCAAUUACCUCUUCUGUUACACCUGCCAAGCUUUGCUGCUGCAUCCUGAUUAUUUUUAUACUUGUAGCUCUAAAUGUGGCGACACUUUCCGCUCUUCUGGCAGUGAGAAGCAGAGAGACAGACUUACAAGUUGUGUAUGUCACCUGCCCAAAAGGAUGGAUUGGAUUUGGGAAUAAGUGUUUUUAUUUUUCUGAAGACUCAGAGAAUUGGACAUUGAGUCAGAUAUCCUGUACUUCAGUGGGAGCUGUUCUUGCUCAGUUUGAAACUGAGGAUGAGCUGAACUUUCUGACAAGAUACAAAGACAUUUUUGACUAUUGGAUUGGCCUUAGCAGAGAAUCAUCACAUCAUGCUUGGAAGUGGACAGACAACUCUAAACUUAACGCCCCAUUUGUCAUCCAAGGAACUGGAGAAUGUGCCUACCUGACUGACUCUGGAGUUAGUAGUGGCAAGAGAUACGUAAUUAGAAAAAGGAUUUGCAGCAAGACAAAUACUUCUAGAGGCCACCUGCAUUCCUCAGCUCUGGCCUCUUGCUUCAUCUUCAAUGCCAUCAGCAGAGCAUCAUCAAAUCUCUCCAUGACUGACACUUCUAUCUUCCCCUAAUAAGGAGCUGUGUGACUAAAUGUGACCAACCCAGGUAAUCCAGAAUAAUCUCCCCAUCUCAAGAUCCUUAAUUAAUUACAUCUUCAAAGAUUCUUUUUUAUUUUUUUCAUGUAAGGUAACAAAUACACAUGUUUAGGGGCUUGGGACAUGGUACCUUUGAUGACGGGCGUCCAUUGCUUUGUCUACCACAUAUGUGUAAACUCAAACAAUUAACAAGCUAAAGAUUUGUUACUUACAUUGAGUUUAUUUUGCUCCAAAGACUGUUUUUUUUUUUUUUUUUCCUGUAUCUUUCACUGAGUAUAUUCCUCUUUCAUCAGCUACAUUAACCGUCCAUUCUGUUGUCAAAGUUAGAAAGGCCCAAGGGAAACAGGGCAGAGGUAAACUGGGAGUAAAUUUUCAUGCCCUUUGUGCUCAGUCAUGUCCUACUCAUUGUGACCUCUGGACUGUUGCCUGCAGGCUCCUCUGUCCAUGGGAUUUUCCAGGCAAGAAUACUGGAGGGGGUUGCCAUUUCCUUCUCCAGGAGAUCUUCCUGACCCAGGGAUUGAACCCAGGUCUCCCACAUUGUAGGCAGAUGCUUUACCAUCUGAGCCACCAGGGAAGUCCACUGCUCUAUGUAAUCACAUCUCAGUGAUUGUUUUAUUUUUAUAUUACUCAUUUAGACAGUAACUUCUGUUGGGUUUGUUGACUUAAAAAAUAGUCACAGUCUAAAAUUUGAGAAUUAUGUUUUAUUUGGUGGGAAUUUUUAGGACUUCAAGCCUGGGAGACAGCAUUUCAAGUAACUCUGAGAGAAGUGCUCUGAGGAGGUGAGGAGAAGGGCCAGGUUAUAUAGAAGUUUUACAACAAAGGGCUGGUAGUCAGAACAUCCAAAGAUUAUUGUUACUUAAAGAAAACAAGAUACUCCAAGUUAAGGAAUUGGAUGCUUUUCUAUGUAUGGGAGGAUGCAAGAAUCUGAGCUCACUGAAAUCCUUCCUUUCAAAUGUGUCUCAGUUCUCUGGGACCAGUAUUUUGGGUUUUAACAUCUUGAGGUUCCUUGGAGUUCAUCUUAGGAAGUGGCAGCAGUCUAACGGCUGUUAGAGGGCAGGUAUUCUUCUCCUUCCUGAGUUCCCUUAGUGCUCACAGGCUCACACUGGAGGGCUGCAAUCACUGACAACUGUGAUAUCCUUUUUAACUGAUCUGGCAGGAAAUCUUCCAUUUCUCAGGUGGUAAUGUGUAACUUGAAGACCUUUUUCUUACCUUUUCACACUCAGUCAAUUAGUCACUCACUUCCAUCUCCUAAAUAUAGGCCCAAUUAAAUUCUUUUGGAAAAUAAAAAAGUUUUUAUCUUCAAUAAAAUUAAAAUAACUCUCUGUGUACUUUCUCCUCUCACACUGCAGCUCCCUAGGAACCAUGUAAAACAAUGUCACUUCAUCUUAUGUGUCAUGUCGGCUAUCAGGUAUAGAGUUUCAUAAGAAAGUAAACAAGACAAUAAGAUUUAGGAAUUAUAAAAUUCACAUAUUUAAUAAAGAGCCUUUGGGUUAUUUGGAAAGUUAUUUUCUCAUACUUCUUCUUUUCUAAUGUGUGGUUGAGUUAUUUUAAAUUUCAGGGGGUUUCCUAACAGCCAGACACAUUCUCUUCUCUUUUGCAGUUCCCUUCAGAUGGACUAUUUCCUCCUUCAAACUCAAUUGCCUCGCCCUUUCAUAUAGCAAAUGUCUACUCAAGUUAUUGGUUUGGAAAUUUAUUCAACGGUUCCUUGGAAGACUUUCCACUGAGUAGAUAUAUCUCAUUAAGUGCUCUCAUAAUAUACUUAUUCCACUGUUUUUUGCAAUUUGUCACAAUGAAUCAUUUAUACCCUGUUAACUUUGCAGUUUCCUAUUAAACUGCUCAGUGAGGCCUGGUGACUCAAAGGUAGUAUCUUCAAAAAUAUGUUCUAAAUGGCAAGUGAGUAACCGUACAAAUAUUCAAGUACUUAGUUUUCAGUUUCUUGUUCUCAGAAUUGAGAGAAGUUAAGCAAUGUGAAACAGAACUUUCAUGAUAAAUGCAUCUAAUGCAGAAAUCCCAUGACCUGGUUUAGUCACUGACCUUUUACUGCCUUAAUGGAAUUUCCAAAUCAGACCAUUUACUCUGUUCCUGGCAACUUACAACAAAUUUACGUGGUUUCUCACUCAAGGAGCUCAUUUUCAAUGUAGUUGAACCAACUACAUGAGAUACAUUUAAAUCUUUUAUCAAUGUUUCUGGCUCAUGGUAAAUGAUGAUAAACUGUAGCUUUAUGUUACCAUGUCAUGAUAAUAAUGGUAAAAGUAAUGUUAUUACUUCUGUCAAUUAUUUGGGAAUUCCAAGAAUAUGCAAUUUACUAAGGUUUUGUUCCAUUUCUCUUUGACAGAAAAAUGAUAAAAUGAUGUAAAAAGGAUAAACUUGAAAGUUCAUAUGUACUUCUGUUUAUAAUAAAGCAAGUUGAGAGAGGCCAAGCUGAUGCUGAGAAGAAUUAGAAGAGCCAGACUCAAACAAACAAGUUUUUAAAAAGGCAUUGGAAAAUUUUCAAGGUAAUUGGAGGAACAGUAAAGAUUCAGAGAAGUGAAUAAACACUUUGAGGUUCACUCUUCUCCUAGCAGUAUCUUGGUGAAGGAUCACCUGCUCAGAAUCUGAACAGGGCCAUGGCCAGCAGGCACUCUGCUAGGUGAGAUAAAAAUCGCUACCAAUGCACUUGAAGGACCAAAAUCCUGAAGCGAAAAGUGGGUCAAAGAAAGCUUGAUAUUUUUCCUUUAAGCCAUUUGCCAAAUGAUUAAACUUCACAAGGAAAGAGGCUAAAAAGAAAAAAUGUGACAAGUAGAGUGGCAUUUUGACAGUCAUGUAGUUUUGAGAAGAAAAAAAAAUCAGAUUCACUCUCCAACAAGAAAAGGAACUUUAGUAAUAUUCCAUGCUCUGAGAUGGAAUUUCUAGAGGGUUUAGUCACAGAUGCUAAGAUAAAUAAGAAAUAAUGGAAUGGUUGAAAAAUGGUAGAUAAAAUCUUGCAGAAACUGCAAUAGACUUAAAUCAACUCAGUCUUUAUUGGAUUAAGACAAUAUCAAUGAAUGUAAUACUUAGCAGAGGAUAAUGUGAAUACUUCCUGGAAGCAGGUUUCAUAUUUCAUACAUGUGUAGGUACACUGACAACAUUCAAGCAAAAAUUUUCUUAUUGUACCAACAGGUAAAACAAACAGACAAAUGAAUAAAUAAAUAAUAGACACAUAGAUGACUCAGGUAUUAGAAUCACCAAACUCAAACUUUAAAAUAACUAUGAUUAACACAUUCUAGAAAAUAGUUAACAAAAAUGAUGCAUUUUACUAGAGAAGUGGAAUCCCUAAAUAUAAAUCAAAUGGAAAUUUUAUAAACAAAAAUUGCAAUAAAAAUUGAUGGUUUAACAGAUAGGUUUAAAAGCAGAUUGAUCUCAGCAGAAGACACAAUUACAAAAAUGUAAGGUAGGUCAGCAAAAAUUCCACACUGAAGCACAGAGAAGCAAUAAAGAAAAUAUUAUUCAGAUAUAAGGGUAAUAAUAAAAAUUCUUAAUAUAGAUGCAAUUGUACACUCAGAAGCGAAAAAAUUGGAGGAAGGCAAAAGCAGUAAUUUAAGAGAUAGCAAUCAAUAAUUUUUCAAAAGAGAAGAAAGACAUCAAGCUAUAAAUUUAAGAAGCUUGGCAAAUUAAAAGCAAGAUAGACUUUUGAAAAUCAUACCUAGGAAAACUAUAGUAAAAUUACUGCAAAACUAAAAGAAAAAAAGAAAAAAAGUAGGUAUAGUAAGAAUGACCAGUGCCUUCAUAAUGGAAACAAUGAGGAAAUGACUUUUUUUUUUUUUU